GCCAACAAAACCACAGAAGAAGAAAAAAAAACGGAAAAUCUAUUUUAUUUGUUGCGGUUCAGGAGGACAACUUGUUAGAUAGCUAGCUCAAUUAUCUACGACCAGCACUUGCUAAAUUCACAGAUAUCAAAAACGCAGCUUAGGUUUCAACUCGAAGAGGCUGUUUACACCAUAUUUCCACGGGAGAACACCUAUGGUCGCUGGAGAAGAUGCUAGCUGUGCGCCAAUUUCUACCUAACACAAUGACCAACUACAGAGCUUUUCAUACACAACUGUCGUCAAUCAUGGAUGCAUUGACCAAAGCGGCGGUGGCAGAUAUCUGCGAGCUCGUAGAUGACAGUUAUGCUGUUUUACAAUUGGAACUCUCUCGAAGCCACAAAGAGAAUGAGGCAUUGAGAAGGAAACUCGAGUUGAUCGAGACCAUCAUUGCGCGUGGGCAGAGAGGCAAUAUGGCAGAAACAAACCACCAAGCUAACAUUGAUUCCCUCAAUGCCGAACAUCCCUCUUCAUCUGGAAGGGCUGCCUGUACCAAGCAGUCAAAUGAAAAUCUAAGAAGAGCUGGAAAGAUCACAGCUGUUCGGGAAGCCACAGAACAGUCUGAAAAUAAAGAGGUGGUUUUGCAGGUACCUGAAGAGGAGAAGAUCGGACCUGACAUAGUCUUGAUCAAGGAGGAGAAGCUGGGCGGGGACUUGGAUAGUAGUAAUGACACACAGGAUGUUCUGCUAUUCAGUGAGAAGGGUACUGAGGCGUCGUAUGGUGAAGUGGAUGACGGUGAAGGGCCUUCCAGAAUAACCUCCUCCACCAUAACUACGAGGGAGUGGGACAGAAGUGGAGAGGAUAGUGGCCACCGAUCCGAGCAGGGGAAUGAGAGUUCUCAGAGGACUCCCCAGUUUUUGCGUUCUAAAUUCACGGCCGGAAGAUGGAACCCCCUGAGCCUUAACUACACGCUGCACGAGACACCUAGUGAGUCUGGGUCCAGUCCACCGGGGGGGAAUAAUGAAAUGGAUACAGUGGAACCCGUUUAUGAUUUCCCUUCAGAAACUGACACCGUCCCCUCUACUCACCCGACAGGGAAGCGGUUUCCCUUUGAACCAGACAGUAGUCCAAAUUCUCUCGCUGGGAAUUUCGAAAUGAAAAGAGAAGUUUCCAUGGUCAGCGCUCUACCCUACGACGUGGAACUGGAUAUGUGUUCUUCAUGGAGCAACCAGGAUAUGCUGGGAAUGGUUUCCAUGCAGGACGGGAAAUACCUGAAACCGGACCGCAGGGAAUUGCUGCUUGACAAGGUUGCAGACUUGAGCUCUGCCCAUUAUCAAAUGACUGCCGCCGGACUUCACGCUGCAGCCAAGUAUGACAGCAGAGACAGCAAGCGUUUUAUUUGUACCUUCUGCAGCAAGUGUUUUACAUCGUCGCGAAAUCUGGAGACACACCUACGGGUUCACACGGGAGAGAGACCAUACAGCUGCACCCAGUGCGGGAAGAGGUUCACCCAGUCUGGCCAUCUGAAAACGCAUCAGAGCGUACACACCGGAGAGCGGCCAUUUGCCUGUGAGCAGUGUGGUAAAAGGUUUGCAGGGAAACAGAAUUUGAGGUUACACCAACAGAAAAACCACCCUAAUCUGUGAGGUGUAAGGCUAGUUGAGAGCUCCACGAACCGUUAUGCCUAACAUUUUUAGAAGCAUUAGACCAGAACCGUGACACUGUUUGACAUCUAAGUUUGAACAUUAGUCAUGAAGAACAGGCUAUUUUGUAUUUUCACACUCAUGAUAUGUUUUGACUCCGCAAGAAUGGUGGAGGUGAAAAACAUGGUCUAACAUUGCGAUGCUCUAAUUUCAAUUUUUGUUCCAUUUAAUUGCCUUUGAAAUGAUACAAUUGAUAAUAUUUAACCCAAUGAAACAAAGCUAUUUGAUGAGACAUUAUUACCACUGGAAUGUAUUUUGAAAAUGGAACAGUCCUUCCAUAUAAGUUGUUAGGAUAAUGGUCACACUUUAAAUUUACCACAAUUCAUAAAGGCUUAAUAUAGCAUACAUAAAGUCUUAAUAAGAACUAUAGAGUGCAUCAUAUCCUACUAUGGAAAUUCUCAAUAAAGCUGUGCUUUACAAAGGGUUGUAAACAAUAUAACAUUAUUAGUGUGCUUGCAAGAAGAUGACUCAUGUCAGGCCAGAACUGUAAGAGAAAAUGUGUUCUCCCAGUAAACUUACAUUUUUAUAAUACAGACAGUAGGAAAGUUUAUUUAAAGGAUGAGUCAGUUCAGAAGCUAGAAGAUUCAUUACUUGCCAACAGCUGCAAUUCCCAGUUAAACAACAUGUUUUGAAGUUCACUUUCAUUGUUUUGUCUAAUAACACUAUCAUGAAUCUACAAAGACGUUUUGUGGGUCAGUAGCUAGGUUUCCAUCCAAUUGGCGAUUUUCAUGCAAAAUUAUAAAAUCUGCAUGAUGAAAAUGCGCGUUUUCCAACCAGUGGUCUGUUUUCACCAAACUGACUUGUUGCGUAUACAAAUCAGUGCCUGAUGACUUAGUGCAUACAAUUUACUUUUCCGUUUAACUUUUCAAGUACCGAAUAAAAUGUGUUCAAUGUGUUUCCAUUGCAUUUUCAACUCUACCGAUAGCUUUGUAACAAACUGUUGCAUUAAAUAGCAAAUGUGCCUACUCUGGUCUUGACACGUGUGCUCUAGCCAACAGCUCGCAGAUACAGUAUGCUAGUCUACAUGAUGAGAUUAUUAUGGAUAAGACUGAGAAUAUUUAUAUUUGUCAAACAGCAGUUUGAACAAAAUACAAUUUCAGCUAAACCCUAAAAGUACAGUAUCUAACAAAAUAACUAUGUUAUGGCAUUCACUAACUAUUUGCAGAUCAUAGAAAUGUGGAUAUGUUUGGUUAAAAUUCUAAUUUACUCAACCUUUUUAAAUGUAUUGAUUUACCUGUUUAUUUAGUACGUGAUUGUCAAUAUUUGGGUUUGGCAGUGUGUUGACAUUGAAGGUUGAAUAACUUUCAUAAUAUGUCUGAAAUUAGUGAGUCAGAACAAUGUAUUAUUAGUUGUUCAUAUGCAAUAAAAAAAAGUCAGGAAUAAGUCAAUUCUAGCUCACCAUCAGGCAAUUGUUGAACUUGUGCAUUGCAAUAUAUUUCUAAUAUUCAUGAAUAUCUGUCUUGUAAAUUCAGAGUUCCUUUUAUAAUGCAUUUACAUAACUGUCACAUAAUAUACUUCACAAUUUAAAAACAAGACUUGUAUACAGUGGCAAGAAAAAUUAUGUGAACCUUUUGGAAAUACCUGGAUUUCUGCAUAAAUUGAUAACAUUUGAUCUAAUCUUCAUCUAGGUCACAACAAUAGACAAACAAAGUCUGCUUAAACUAAUAACACACAAACAAUGAUAUGUUUUCUUGUCUUUAUUGAAAACACUGUGUAAACAUUCACGGUGCAGGGUGGAAAAAAUGUGAACCUUUGGAUUUCAUAACUGGUUGACCCUCCUUUGGCAGCAAUAACCUCAACAAAACAUUUUCUGUAGUUGCUGGCCAGACCUGCACAACAGUCAGGAGGAAUUUUGGACCAUUCCUCUUUACAAAGCUGUUUCAGUUCAGGAAUAUUCUUGGGAUGUCUGGUGUGAACUGCUCUCUUGAGGUCAUGCCACAGUAUCUCAAUUGGGUUGAGGUCGGGACUCUGACUGGGCUGACAGAAGGUGUAUUUUCUUCUGUUAAAGCCAUUCUGUUGUUGAUUUACUUCCGUGUUUUGGGUCGUUGUCCUGUUGCAUCACCCAACUUCUGUUGAGCUUCAAUUGGCGGACAGAACCUUACAUCCUCCUGAAAAAUGUCUUAAUGAACGUGGGAAUACAUUUCUGUUGAUGAUAGCAAGCUGUCCAGGCCCUGAGGCAACAAAACAGCCCCAAACCAUGAUGCUCCCUCCAUCAUACUUUACAGUUGGGAUGAGGUUGAUGUUUGUGUGCUGUGCCUUUUUUUUUCUCCACACAUGUUGUGUGUUCCUUCCAAACAAUUCAACUGUAGUUUCAUCUGUCCAUAGUGUAUUUUGCCAGUAGUGCUGUGGAACAUCCAGGUGCACUUUUGCAAACUUCAGACGUGCAGCAAUGGUUUUUUUUGGACAGCAGUAGCUUCUUCCGUGGUGUCCUCCCAUGAACACCAUUCUUGUUUAGUGUUUUAAGUACUGUAGACUUGUCAGAGAUGUUAGCAUGUUCCAGAGAUUUCUGUACGUCUUUAGCUGACACUAGAAUUCUUAACCUCAUUGAGCAUCCUGCGCUGUGCCCUUGCAGUCAUCUUUUUCCACAUUACAGCCUUAUUCUAAAAUGGAUUAAAAAAAAAAUUCUCAUCAAUCUACACACAAUACCCCAUAAUGACAAAGCAAAAACUGGUUUACAGAAAUGUUUGUAUUAUUGUGCCCUUGCAGUCAUCUUUGCAGGAUGGCCACUCCUGAGAGUAAAAACAGUGCUGAACUUUCUCCAUUUAUAGACAAUUUGUCUUACCGUGGACUGAUGAACAUCAAGGCUUUUAGAGAUACUUUUUUAACCCUUUCCAGCUUUAUGCAAGUCAACAAUUCUUAAUCUUAGGUCUUCUGAGAUCUCUUUUGUUCGGGGCAUGGUUCAUAUCAGGUAAUGAUUCUGGUGAAUAGCAAACUCAAAUUUUGUGAGUGUUUUUCGUCUCGUCUCAUUGAUUGGACACCAGGUUAGCUGACUCCUGAUUCCAAUGAGCUUUUGGAGGGGUUCACAUACUUUUCCCAACCUACACUGAAUGUUUGUUAUUAGUUUAAGCUCACUGCUUGUCUGUUUGGACUUACGCAGAAAUCCAGGUAAUUCCAAAUGGUUCACAUACUUUUUCUUGCCACUGUAUAAUAAAGAGAACCUAACCACAUUUAUCAGGUUCUUGCCUGUGUAGCUUCAGAGGUUCCACCUGCAAUAUUUGUGUGAUGAGAACACAGGCUGUCACCAAGGCUGCUGUUUUAAAACUUGGGUACAGGCAGUAUCUUUUCUUCGCCCCUUUCCUAUUGUUUGUGGCAUACUAUUCUCCAGAUGGACAAAUUAUUCACACAUUGGCAUUUCCAAAUCCAUAGUACCACCCACAUAUAAUUUGACAUUUUAAAGUGUCAAACAAAACUGUAACAGACUAGCCCUGAAAAUGAACAGAUACCCGGACCCAUGUGGAAUUCCAAGGCUUUGCACAAGCAGUUUGCAUCCUGCUUUGGUGUGUUGACCAAGGCAGCAGUGGCUGACAUCUGUGAAGUUGUUGAUGAAGGUUAUGCAAUUUUGCAAUUAGAAAGGAAAAUGAGGACCUAUAAUUUCCCAAUGAAGCGAUGGGAAAGCGAGAACUCAAGCUCUUGUUACAGAAGCAGUCCCACCAGGUGAAGGUCUCCAUCCAAAUCAGUCGCAGCAGGAGAACACUGGUCAUAAAAGGAAUGGCAUAACAAUAACCGCUGGAGAUUGAAGAGGUCAGUUCUCAUGUUUAACUUAUUCAGUUGCUACAGUGCAUUCUGAAAGUAUUCAGUCCCCUUGACUUUUUCCACAU